UUGUUGCUUUUCAGGAAAAGAAGUACUUUGGCUUGAGCAAAAGACGAUUGGCUUUAGUUGCGGGAGCAAUUUUAGUCAUUUUGUUAAUAAUUAUAUUACUCGUGGUGUUUCUCGUUAAAGUACGCUCAAAGAAAUCCAAAGUCAGCAAAUCACCUAUAGGAGGACAGGAGGAAUGCUCAUCAGAUCCCCUGAUUAUUAUCUCAAUGGAUGGAUUUCGACCAGACUUUCUUGGGAGAAAUCUAACCCCUAACAUCGAUUAUCUUGCUAGCAAUGGAGUUCGAGCAAAAUUCCUCCUUCCUCAAUUUCCCACAAAGACCUUUCCUAACCACUAUUCCAUGAUAACGGGUCUUUUUCCCUCGCAUACUGGUAUUGUGGCUAACAAUUUCAGAGACGAAAAACUAAAUGACAACUUCAGAAUUGGAGGACCGACGACAUCUGAUCCCAAAUGGUGGAAAGGCGAACCAUUGUGGGUGACCGCCAUUAAGCAAGGUCUUGUGUCUACGUGUUACUUCUGGGUCGGGUCUGACGUUCCUAUUGAAGGAAUAUUACCCAACUUCACAUAUGCCUACAAUCAGCGGCCCUCGUUCAUAACUCUGUAUUUCCAUCAACCUGAUUACAUUGAGCAUCGCGCAGGACCAAACUCAGAGAAGACCAAUGCGCAGUACAAAAGAGUGGACGAUAUGAUUGGAAGACUGUGGAAGGGACUAAAGGAUCGAUCCAUGCAGGACAAAGUAAACAUGGUCCUUGUUGGAGAUCACGGUAUCGCUCCAAAAAGUUGCCAGCGAAUCGUUUAUACAGACGCAUACAAUGUAACUCUCGAUGAUGUAUAUUCCCCUCAGUGGUACGGAGGGGCAUUCAUAACAAUGAAUCCGAAACCGGGAGUUUCAGCGGAAGAAAUUGUGGCUCGUUUACAAUGUAAGAAUCCACACUUUCGCGUGUUUUUAAAAGAGAACCUUCCCAAGCGACUUCACUACUCUGAUAACAGGAGGAUUGGACGAAUUAUCCUGAUUCCGGAAGACGGCUGGCUGGUAGGAUUCAAUUCCACUAGUGGGAUCUGGUUCUGUGAUGGUGGAGAUCAUGGUUACGACAACAUAGAUCCUAACAUGCGGACUCUAUUCGUAGCUCAUGGUCCCGCUUUCAAGAAAGGAGAAGUAGUAGAUCAUUUCCUCAGUACGGAACUUUACGGCAUGAUGGCAGAUAUACUCGGGCUCAAGCCAGCCCCGAACGAUGGAACACCUGGUAGCUUGCGGCAUCUACUGGAUCCAAGUGUCGAUAUUGAUGUCCUUGAGACUGAGUCCGACGGAAAGUUAAUGAGAACUGACAUCUGCCGAAAACCUGCAGGUUUUGACAACUGCAGUCAGUGCAUUUGUAAAUUUUGUGAUAAAAGAGCAGAAGUUAUUCUAAGUGACAAGAAGCUAGACAUGUCAGACCAAGAGAUAUCUGAAUUUCAGGCGACACACCUCCCGUGGGGAGUACCUGAGGGUGGAGCUGGUCGAGAGGGUUGUAUUCUAGCGCAGAAGGGUUUUGUGACAGGCUAUAGCACUUCUCUACGUUUACCUUUAUGGGUGGCCUAUAGACUUGAUGGAGAGAAAGCCUCACAGUCAGGAACCCGAAGAGAUUGUUUCCGAAAAGAUACUCGCCUUACCGAUUCUCAGGCCUCGCUCUGCAAACACUACAAGUAUUCGGGUGUUGACCGCGGACACAUGGCGCCGAAUGGUGACUUUGACUCUUCUAAUGAAAAUGAUGAGGCAUGGAUGGAUACAUAUCUUUUAUCUAACAUAGCACCACAAUACCAUGGAUUCAACGCAGGUAUUUGGUUGAAGGCUGAAGAUAUGGUCCGGGAUCUUGCAGCAAACUAUUCACAUGUUUACGUCAUAAGUGGUUCAAUAUUCGACGAGAAUGCCGAUGGACUCCGAGAUGAAGAUGAGAGCAUAACAAGGUGGCUCAAAAAUGACACCAGUUCAGUGGCCAUACCUACUCAUUACUAUAAAAUUAUCAUGCGGUGUGACACCAGUAAGAAGCCGUAUUACAAAGUGCCCGGAUGUGAAGGAAGACUUGACGUCAUUUCUUUUGUAUUACCUCACUUGCCCAAGCUUCCCUGUUUCAAGUAUGAAUCGUCUUCCAAGUAUCUUCUUGAAAAUACGGCUAGAGUUCGUGACAUCGAACUUUUGACAGGAAUCAAGUUUUUCAGCGGAUUACCACCGGCGGAACAGGCGCGACUCAAAACUAUUUCACCGGUCAAAUUGUGGCCCUGAGCAAUUAAGUUGGAUGGAAGAAGUUUGAAGACCAUUCUAUUCUACUCUUAAAACACUACUCAAAUGAUUAAAUAACAUGGAGAGAACUUUGAAAAUUGAACAAUGAAGGAAAAUUAUGAUCUAAGUGUGGUUAUCCUUUAGAAAGCGCAAGCUUGCCAAGUACAAAAUCCACAGUGGUAUUUUUCCAUCCAAAGCUUUCCUUGGUACCGUUGGUUGUCAGGAGUUGUCCUCACACAUAAAAUGUAGAGGACGUAAUUUUGCCUGACUUUGAAGUUCAUUGAAACCACACUCCCAUAAUUAGUGGAAAACUUCUCUAGAGUAUAAUAAAAUAAA